CCGAGCCAGAUACAGCAUGUGACAACCUUCCUGCAUGCACUAAUUAUACCAGCUGCAACUCCUGUAAGGAAGUUGAGGAAACAUUUGCUGAAACUAGGAAGCUUUGUUAGAGGAAGAUGGAGAAUCCACUUCUUUUAUUCCCUCAAUUAAACAUCUCCGCUUCAAAGGAUAAAUCCUAUUACAAAGUCACGAAAUCAACAAAUGAAGAGGAGAUGAAUAAAGCAAGCAAGCCUGGGCCAUCUGAACUCUGUUGUAGAGCUAAGCAGAAGAGAAAUAGGCUGAGCCUUUUCCUGCAGAAAUCUGAAUACCACGAAGAUGAUCAUCUUGGCAAACCUACAAACCUGAAAAAAGCAGCAAGUGUGUCUCCUGAAGAAGCAGUUAAAUGGGGUGAAUCUUUUGACAAACUGCUUUCCCAGAAAGCUGGAUUGGAUGCCUUUACAGAGUUUCUGAAAACUGAGUUCAGUGAGGAGAACAUCGAGUUCUGGAUAGCUUGUGAGGAUUACAAGAAAAGCAAAACUGCACAUGAACUUUUCCCCAAAGCUAAGACCAUUUAUGAAACAUUCAUACAGAAAGAUGCACCAAAAGAGGUGAAUCUGGAUUUUCAGACCAAGGAAGUCACAAGUCAGAACAUCGAGCAGCCCAUCACCACCACCUUUGAUGCAGCACAAAGCACAGUCUACAAGCUGAUGGAGCACGACAGUUACCCACGCUUCCUAAGAUCUGAUCUUUAUUUAAAUUUAGUUAAGGGGAGAAAUCCCAGUCGUCCUGCCCUUAGGAGACGAUCACGGUCUUUUACUGUCAAUGAAUUCCAGGAUGUGCGAUCAGACUUUACCAUUUGGUAACAGGGAAACUCAGCCCACAUGUAUUCUAGCUACAGCAGCAAAUCAUGUGUGUCUUAAAAUCCAAAUUUUUAACUGAUGUAAAUGUAUGCGACUUCAGCACAGUUACACCUACUCAUGUCAGGUCAGAGUUCUGUAGCCAGUGAUUAAUCUCAUUUACAAUAGAGAAAAAGGCAACAUAUCGGCAAGAUGCAUUAGAUAUAAAGGGCUCAUACAUUUUUUUUUUUUAACUCAAGAUUUCUAAUUAUAUUUAGUUAUUUAAAAUGCCAGUUGAUAAUAUCCAUCAUGUAUCCUGGCCCUGUAUUAUUUAGAACACUUUUGUCACAGUUUGAAUUUAUAGACCCAGCCUUUGCACAUAUGUUUUUGCAGUAUUUCCUACACUAAGCACACACUUUUUGUGGUAUUUUCUCAUGCUAUAGAACACACAGUAACAUUAAUUCGGUAAAAAGUAAAAUUACAAAGGUUUUAACUACAGCCACUGCAUAAGUAAAAUUUGCUAUUGCAUAAUUUAAGAGGAACGUAAGAAUAUCUAUUUAAUUUUUAUAGCGGUAUAUUUUAUGCUCUUCUAACGUGUGUCUGUUUUAUGUGUUUAAAUUCUGCUGUAUAGACUACCUUUGCCAUCAAAUAUUUGUAUUCUAAUUUUUUGCAAACAGAUAGCAGUAACAAAGGGCCGAGAAUGUUAUUUUAAACACAGUGUCAUUAAACAUCUGGUCAAUGUACAUAUAUGUGUAUAUAUAGAUAUAUAAAUAUGUACACAUUUACUUUCAUUUGUAAAUGUUUGUGCUAUGCUAUUUUUGUUACUAAACAUUAUUCUAAAAUUUCUCUGCCUUUUAUUUUGAAAAAGAAUCUGAAAAUAACAGCUCUUGGAUUAAGGUAGAAUGAUCUUCAGUUCUACCUGUCACUAACACUCUCCAGGAGGAAAUGACAGGAGGAAAGAAAAAUUCUCCCUUUUAUUUCUUUACUACUCAAGUCAUGCAUACCAUUUUUGUGGUCAGCAUAUGCAGCUUUUUUUUCAGGAUUGAUGUAGAGAUAUCUUGAAGUGUGUGGCAGUUUUUAAAGUAUUAUUAAUUGUAUAGUUUAACAACUAAGUUACUGCAAGUUUUAAUUAUAACUGUGGCUUCUAUGUUCAGUCAUCUUACAUGGAAUUUAAUUUUUAUUCCUCCUUCCCACCCACCCCCCUUUCAGUAAGGCAUCAAAAUUAAGAGAGACAGCUCCUGAGGACAGGACUUCACAUGCUCAUUGCUAAUUCAGGCUAUAUGUGAACUGCUCAGUUGGAGGGCUUCAGUGUCCGUUUUACUAACUUUCAAUAAAUGCAAAGUGAUCUACUUAAAA